CAUUUACAAAAUAUCACGGAACAUGUUCCUAAUUGUUUUUUUAAAUAAAAGAGAAAUCCAUCAUUUGGACCCACACAAUGUAUUUUUGGUUAUUGCUAUAAAUAUCCCCCAGGGACUCGUUUCGUGGUCCGGGGUCACACAUUUACCCCUAAAAGCUGCCUAUCAGUAACCGCAGAGCAUAGCGACAUUCAUCUUUAAGCUGCUACCACAAAACUUCCGGAGAUAUAAUAACGCCACUUAAAAGGCGCUGCUGCGCCGCUAAUAAAAAUUAGCAUGCUAAGCUAGUUAGCCUCCGACACUAAAAGCAGCGGAGGGCUGCCAAAAGAGACACCUUAGUAGAGGUCAAUGUUGUGUAACUCGGUGCUCGCAGAGAAUAUAAGCAAACGUAAAUGAAUAAAUGAUUUCUGAGUAACUGUAUAGGAUAUGAGGUAUCAUCAUGGCCCGUGAUGUCAGGACCAUGUCACUCUCAUCUAUCCUUUCCGCUGAUGCCAUCGACGGUGCGCUCAAGGACUGUCAAGCUCCUGACUCCUUCAACCCCAAAAAGUUCUUCCAGCUGUGUGGUCUGACAAAGAAAAGCCCUCAGGAAGUGAAGAAUGUCUUUAACAUCUUGGACAACGACGCCAGCGGCUUCAUCGAGGAGGAAGAACUCAAGUUUUUCUUGCAGCGGUUCUCGCCUGGAGCUCGCGUGCUGACCGAUAAAGAGACAAAGGGUUUCCUAUCGGCAGCCGACGACGACAGCGAUGGCAAGAUCGGAGCAGAUGAAUUCCAGGCGAUGGUUCUGUCCUGAACGAUCAGUACGCAGCUCUCCCCUCUCUCGUACUCAGAUUUCAUUUCAAUUCAGCAGCAGUCCCGCCACUCGAUACACAGGUGUUUUUGUUUCCGGGGACCCCCAGGUCAAUAGAGUCCACACAAGGCAGACGCACGCUGUAAACAAUGCAGUUUUUAUUUGGUUUUCGAUUAAUGCAGAGGGGCGCACAUGGGCACUGACCAAGCGUAAAACUACCUGAAAAUUAUUAUUGAAGUGAAUAAAUAAAC